AUGGACACGUUAAACAAUUACUUGUUCCCAAGUUACCUCCGUCCAUCCCACAAGACUAAAGAAGCUGAAGAGAAAAUACUUCUCUCAAAUAUAACCACGUCAUUCAAUUCUCAACUUUCUUUAUACAAAGCUCAUCAAAUUGAUUUGUUGGAUUCCAUUUUCACAUACUUUUCAGGUAAUAUCCCACAUGAUUUUUUACCGUUCAUUUCACGACUAGGAAAUUACGCAAUACGUCCAAGAACGUUAAUGAAAUUUUUGGCACUUCUCAACACUAAAAAUUGCUCACAAGACCUCCUCGAAACGUUGAGCCAAAUGUCCUCAGGGGAGGCUGCGGGUGGACUUUCUUUCGACUUAUCAAGUGGUGUUGCGAACAUCAAAAACUAUGCAUGGGUACCCGCCCCCCCUUUCACCAUUUUUCUAUGGGCAUAUCUCCCCAAAGGAAAUUAUACUAUUUUGGAUGUAGUUUCACCUUCCGGACACAAUGGAAUAGCAUUGACAUUACAAGACAACAUACUCACAAUUGCAAAUGGAGCGUCUUGUACAUUCCAGACACGUGUUCCAACAUCAAC